AGAUUUCCAUCAGAAUUUCGCUUCCGCAUUUCGCUGUGCUUCGUUCUUCGGCAAAAUAUUUUUCUACGACUGAUCGGAGUGAGAAUCAGGAUGAGUUGCGACCCUCAGCCAGAAAUGCCCGAGGGGUAUCUUGGGCCCCAGGAGCGAUUUAAUGAACUUGGACUUAGUGUUCUGUCCCAUACGGACCCGGUUGUCGUUGCUAGGGACAAUCAUUUUGAACUUAAGCUAAAAAACCGUGGACCUGUUAAGAUAACACACCAACUACAGUUCUGCAAGGAUGAAAGGGACUUCUCGGAAUAUGUCUUCACUCAGAUCAAAGAUGGUAAUAUUACCUUUCUGAUUCAUUUUCCUCAACCAGGCUGGUACAAGUUACAAAUUUACGCUCUUCCACAGUCCGAUCCCAGCAAGUCCUUGCCUAAUGUUUACAACUAUCUUCUACAUUGCACGAAAGCAUUAAAUCCCGCAUUUCCAUUUCCGAAACAGUAUGUUCAGUGGAAAGAAGGAUGUUACCUUUACGAGCCUUUGAAUCUCUGCGAGUCUACAAGAUUAACUCAUGUCAAAUGGCGGGUAUUGGUACCUCAUGCAAAACAAGUAGCAGUGGUGGUUGACGAGGAAUGGAACCAUCUAGAAAACAAAGGAGGUCCCAUUUUCGAAGGAACAUUUAAUCUGAAUCAAUAUCGAGGAAAGGACAAAAAAGUUACGCUCAACGCAAGCUUCGGGGAGGAUGAAAGCAAAUAUGCCACUUUGUUAGAGUAUCAUAUUAAGUAGACGUUUUAUAGAUACUAUAGGGAAAAACAAUUUACAUAUUCAAAAGUACGUGUUUGCUUUUUAUAUAUAUAUAUAUCUAGACUGAUACAUUCAUUUGGUGUGCAGUGACUUGAAAAGCUAGCGAAAAUCACCUGAAGCACGACAAAAGGCUGCUACAUUUUUUUUACGAUUCCUGUACCUGCAGCAAAUACUGGUUGGUUUGGCUUCUCAGCUUUCUACCGAGUCACUUAAGUUUCAUUCGCUAACACUUUUCGAGAUAUGUACAUACAUGUUUAAAUGUAAAUAGUUGCUUAAUAAAGAAAAAAAUAUA